AUGCGACUACUGCUUACUUCAAUUCCUGCCAACAGCGAGCCGGAGCUACGACUCGAAGAGUUCUUCGGUGAUCGAAUUCCUCCUUACGCCAUUCUUUCCCAUACUUGGGCAGAAGGUAGACAUGAGAUACAGUCCCACGAUGUGCAACAUGGAUCUUAUCAACAGAAGCUUGGCAUCGCCAAAGUGCGUGGUGCUAUUGAACAGGCCAGAUACGAUGGUCACAAGUACAUAUGGAUCGAUUCCAUAUGCAUCGACAAGACCUCCAGCACCGAGCUCUCCGAGGCCAUCAACUCGAUGUUUCGGUGGUAUCGAAACUCGGAAAUCUGCUACGUUUACCUCUCCGAUGUGUCCACACAGGCCAAGGGGUGGACGAGAGGAUGGACCUUGCAAGAACUUCUCGCACCGAAGUCCGUAACCUUUUUCACGUCAUCAUGGAAGCCCCUUGGAGACCGGGCUGAACUACAAGGCGCUAUAACAGACAUCACGAAGAUUGAGCGAGAUUUGUUACUCGGGUCGAGACCCCUAAGCUCCGCAAGUAUCGCGAAGCGCAUGUCUUGGGCUGCCUCUCGGGCGACUACUCGGGAAGAGGAUAUGGCGUAUUGUCUUCUCGGCAUCUUCUCAGUCAAUAUGCCCAUGCUUUACGGCCAAGGACAGCAAGCAUUUGUCCGAUUACAAGAGGAGAUCAUCAAGAUGACUGACGAUCACACGAUUUUCGCCUGGCGAGCCAAGGGAUCUGCUGGUAUCCACGGCCUUUUGGCUGACAGCCCACAUGCCUUUGCUGAUUCAAGCGAGUGCUCUUCGCUGCGUACUUAUUACACGAAAUCGGCUCCUUUCGCCAUGACGAACAUGGGUCUCCACAUUGAACUCCCUCUCUUGCCCCCCAAGGCGUUUCGAUGA